CGAACAAGGUAAAGCUAAGAUAUGAUAUGAUAUAAUAUUAUGGUUAUUUGUUGCCUUUCAUUGUUUAACCUAUUUUCAAACAUUCUCUCUCUGUCUCUGUCUCUUCCACCACAUUUUAGGGAACACCCGCGCAUCUUUCUGGGAGGCUCACCGUUGUUUUUAUUUUUAAUUUUUUAACUUUGAUUUUUUGGGUUGUUUAUUUGCCGAUUUGUUUUGCUUUUUUCUGUGGAUUUACCCUUCAAAAUCGCUCCUCUAACAAAGUUUGAGCGAUGGAUUGUUGGGAUCGGGUUCCUGUUGGCAUCUCAGAGUUGGUGAUGACAACCUCCGCAAUGCUCAUUGCAUCAAAAGCCAAAAGCCUUUGAUUCUUACAAAAGCUAAAAAGCUGGCCGCUCGUUUCUUGGUUGCUGCUGUCAAGUGGUGAGUGGUGAAGAUGGAUUCAGAAAGAGAUGCUGUUGUUAAGACACCAAAGAGGGAAUUUGAAGCAGAAGGGGCUCUGAAUUCAAAGAUGAAGGGUUCUGGAAACAUAAGCAGUAAGGAUAUGAUAUUCAGAGCUGAUAAGAUUGAUCUGAAGAGUUUGGAUGCGCAGCUGGAAAAGCACUUGAGCAGGGUUUGGUCAAGGAACGCUGAGACAAAACGGCCCAAAGAGGAGUGGGAGGUUGAUUUGGCCAAAUUGGAUCUACGAUAUGUUGUGGCUCAGGGAGCGUAUGGUACUGUGUACAGGGGCACCUAUGAUUCUCAAGACGUUGCUGUGAAAGUAUUGGACUGGGGUGAGGAUGGUGUAGCUACCCCUGCUGAAGCUGCUGCUUUACGUGCAUCUUUUAGACAGGAGGUUGCUGUCUGGCACAAACUUGACCAUCCUAAUGUGACAAAAUUUGUUGGAGCUUCGAUGGGCACUUCAAAUCUUAAGAUUCCCUCAAAAAAUUCGAAUGGAGAGGAAGAGACCCUUCCUUCUAGGGCAUGCUGUGUCAUUGUUGAGUUUAUCGCAGGUGGGACACUUAAGCAAUACUUGAUCAAGAAUAGGAAGAAGAAAUUGGCUUACAAGGUUGUGGUUCAGCUGGCUUUGGAUCUUGCAAGAGGUCUUCAUUAUUUACACUCGAAGAAAAUUGUUCACCGAGAUGUUAAAUCAGAGAAUAUGUUACUAAGCCCUAGUCGUAAUCUGAAAAUAGCUGAUUUUGGAGUUGCUCGUGUUGAAGCUAUGAAUCCAAGUGACAUGACAGGUGAAACUGGAACUCUUGGAUACAUGGCCCCAGAGGUUCUUGAUGGGAAGCCUUACAACAGGAGAUGCGAUGUCUAUAGCUUUGGCAUUUGCUUGUGGGAAAUUUACUGCUGUGAUAUGCCUUAUCCAGAUCUAAGCUUUGCUGAUGUGUCAUCUGCAGUUGUUCGCCAAAAUUUACGACCAGACAUUCCUAGGUGUUGUCCAAGUGCCUUAUCAAACAUCAUGCGGAGAUGUUGGGAUGCGAAUCCGAACAAGCGCCCGGAAAUGGACGAGGUGGUGAGAAUGCUGGAAGCACUUGAUACCAGCAAAGGUGGUGGAAUGAUACCAGAAGAUCAGAACUCAGGGUGCUUCUGUUUUGCUCCAACCCGUGGCCCCUGACUCUUGAAUCCAACGUUCUUAUGUGUUCUCAACAGAUGAACUGAAGCACUGUAACUGGCAAUUGGUAUUUAUAUUUUUGUCAGUUCACAGAUCAACAACAACCUUUCCUUUGGCCAGAUUGAUUGUGAGAAAGAAAGGAAGGGCAUUGUAUUUUAUUUUUUUAAUUUUUGGCUAAAGGGGCGAUUUCAUCGUUUCUUACAUAUUGUAUUUAGUACUGAAAACUGGAUUCUUUUGAGCAUCAAAGUGGAACAUAAUCCCUGAUCAAAGCUUCCCCUUCUAAUACUACUUCUACUUCUGUUUACCCACUUUA